GGGGCUGCCGGUAAGAUGGAGGCGGUGACUGAGGGGGCCUGGGAGUCCCUGCCCGUGGCGCUGAGCCCCGGGGUGCUGCAGGCGCUGCGGGACCUCGGCUUCACCCGCAUGACCCCGGUGCAGUCUGCGACCAUUCCGCUCUUCAUGAGUAACAAAGAUGUCGCUGCCGAAGCGGUAACAGGCAGUGGCAAAACUUUGGCGUUUGUAAUCCCCAUACUGGAAAUUCUCCUCAGACGGGAAGAAAAAUUAAAGAAGAUGCAGGUUGGAGCUAUAAUUAUCACCCCAACAAGAGAAUUAGCAAUUCAAAUUGAGGAGGUGCUGUCACACUUCACCAAACACUUCCCCAGGUUUAGCCAGAUUCUUUUAAUUGGUGGCAGGAAUCCCAUGGAAGAUGUUGAGAAGUUCAAAGAACAGGGGGGCAACAUCAUUGUAGCCACACCCGGCCGCCUGGAGGAUCUGUUCAGAAGGAAAGCAGAUGGGCUGGAUCUGGCAAGCUGUGUGAAGUCUCUGGAUGUGCUGGUGUUAGAUGAAGCAGACAGACUCCUAGAUAUGGGCUUUGAAGCCAGUUUAAACACCAUUCUGGACUUUUUGCCCAAGCAGAGGAGGACUGGGCUGUUCUCAGCAACUCAGACCCAAGAGGUGGAGAACCUGGUGAGGGCCGGGCUGCGGAACCCCGUCCGCAUCGCGGUGAAGGAGAAGGGUGUGGCGGCAAGCAACACCCAGAAAACCCCAACACGCCUGGAGAACUACUACAUGAUCUGCAAAGCUGAUGAAAAAUUCAAUCAGUUGGUGCAUUUUCUUCGACAGCACAGGCAGGAGAAACAUCUGGUCUUUUUCAGCACGUGUGCCUGUGUGGAAUACUAUGGGAAGGCUCUGGAAUCCUUAAUUAAACAAGUGAAGAUAAUGAGCAUUCACGGGAAGAUGAAGCACAAACGGAACAAGAUUUUCACUGAGUUUCGGAAGCUGCCAGGAGGCAUCUUAGCUUGCACUGAUGUGAUGGCCCGUGGCAUAGACAUUCCAGAGGUACACUGGGUGUUGCAGUAUGACCCACCAAGCAGUGCAAGUGCCUUUGUGCAUCGGUGUGGUCGGACAGCGCGGAUUGGCAAGGGGGGCAGCGCGCUCGUGUUCCUGCUUCCCAUGGAAGAAUCCUACAUUAACUUCCUCUCCAUCAACCAGAAGUGUCCCAUGCAGGAAAUGAAACCACAGACAAAUGUGUCAGAUCUGCUUCCAAAGCUGAAGUCCAUGGCUCUGGCUGACAGGGCAGUGUUUGAGAAAGGGAUGAAAGCAUUUGUGUCUUAUGUCCAGGCAUAUGCCAAGCAUGAAUGUAACCUCAUCUUCAGGAUCAAAGAUCUGGAUUUUGCCAGCCUUGCCAAAGGUUUUGCAUUGUUAAAAAUGCCAAGGAUGCCUGAACUAAGAGGAAAAUGUUUCCCAGACUUUACUCCAGUUGCUGUUAAUACAGACUCGAUUUCAUUUAAGGAUAAAAACAGAGAAAAACAGAGACAAAAGCAGUUAGAACAACAAAGAAAAGAAAGAGAAGAAAAUGGAGGCAAAAAAAAAUUCAUAAAGAACAAAGCCUGGUCAAAGCAGAAAGCCAAGAGGGAGAAGAAGAAGAAAGUAACAGCUAAAAGGAAGCUUGAAGAGGGCUCAGAUAUUGAAGAUGAGGAUAUGGAGGAGCUGCUGAAUGACACAAGGCUCUUGAAAAGAUUAAAAAAAGGAAAAAUUACUGAAGAGGAGUUUGAGAAGAGAGUAACAAGCAGCCAGAGUAGACUGAAAGCAGAAACUGGUGCUGACCCAGAGGCUGAAGGUUGACAGAUACUCUAACCACACUUUUACUAUAAAAAAUUAUUAUUUCAAUAAAGCUGUAUUUUUAUAACAAAA